AUGUCGGUAUUGCUAAGCGACAUCUCAUCUUGCACCAACAGUUUCAGUCGUAUUUUGUUUUCUCCGAAUACCGAAUGGAGUUUAAAUGCCGAAGUUACAGGUAGUUCUACACAUGUUAGUAAUAACACGUAUUUGAAGGCAAUUCCACGUAACAGCCUAGAAUUAGACAAUAGAAUAUUUUCGCUGAAUGCACGUUACAGAGAACUGAACCGGCUUUGGAAUCAGUUGUCCAAAACUCAUAAACAACUCUAUCUACGUGGAGUGUUUCCGUCGUUUGCACCCAGUAAGCUAUUUGGCAGUAUGGAUCCUGCUGUGAUAACUGAACGUGUUGAUGCAACAACUCGACUUCUCAAUUUCGCAUUUGGCAGCGAAGUGUUACGAAAAGCAAUAUCUCUUCAUCGGUUCUUUGAGCCAAAAGAUGUCUCAGCGGGUGUGGUGGGCCAGUCGUCAUCUCGCGUUUCCAUCCGAGGUAGCCUUCAGUCUCCAUCAUCUAGUGCUCAUUCGGCGUCUAAUGGACUUUCACUGUUUCCAUCUUUGCCACAACCUGAGGCUGUAGGUUCUCCUACCGUAAAUAACGAUUAUUUGACUGUGGCUGCCCAUUUUGUGUCAGCUGCACAAAAAGCUGAAUCGGAAAACGCUUUUGAAUUGGCUUUUCAGUGUUAUAAAGGAGCAGUCAAAGUUCUUCUACAGGGCGUUCAGUUUGAACGUGAUUUGCCGAGAAGAAAUAGGGUAAGGAAGAAAACAGCAAAAUAUUUAUUGAAAGCUGAGAAACUUUACCGGUCUUACCUUUCCUUUGAUGGUUCUGCUUUCGAAGCUGCUUCAUGGCUUUCAAGAUAUUUAGCUUUUGCGUCGCAAAGUUUAUUGAGGAGAAAUAAAUCGUGGUCAUAUUGCAUUAUUGGUGCACUGCCAUCUUUCCAGGCUCAGAAACGGGUCUAUUUAGUUAAAAUUUCAGAUGAUGAGCCAAAACUUGUUAUAAAGUUACUGGAAAAAUAUGGAUUGAAGAGUAUUAUUCCAGUGGAUGUUCCACAUAUGGUGCAAUUGCACAAGUUCUUUGAUACUGAUUCGUGCAUAAUUCUUCUCUUGGAGCACAUGAAGCACGGACGAUUAUGGGAUUUUUUGUUGUGUUUCCAUGAAGCUUUAGCGAAAGCUAAGCUAACUCUGAAAGAAGGUCAGAAAUGGAGCAGAAUAUGUCAGUUACCCGAGUCUCUAAUUGCUUUUUGGAUAUCGCAGCUCACUAAAAUAUUGAAUAUUUUUGGGGGAGUAACAGAAGCUGCUGACAGAUGGUCUAUUGGAGCUAUUUUGUUUGAACUACUUUGCGGUCAAAAAUUGAGCGAGGUUUGUCUUCACGGAUUUCAUACCACUGGAGAGUUGCCUGUUCCGGAUUGCGUAGCAAUAAGUUUUGCAGCGAGGGAUUUACUGUCAAGGCUUCUUGCAGAAGAUCCUGCAGAAAGAAUGUCUGAUGACGAGAUCCGAGAACACCCGUUUUUUGAAGGGAUUGUUUGGCCCAUUGUUACUUCUGGUCAGAUUCCAAAAUGUAUCUCUAGAUUUGCAAAGAUGCUUUUUUUGUAA